AUGUCCGCCAACACCGUCACCGCGACUCUCAGCUUUUUCGCUCCUCCCGACAACGGCGAGAAGCCGUACUACUGGAUAGACGACCUACCCGGCCGAGAACGCGCGAACUACAAGCGCGACAAGAUCAAGGCGGAGUACUACCCCGAGUCCAUCGCGCUCAUCAAGGAGAUCACCGGCGCCGCGCAGGUCGUGCCCUUCGACCACACCGUCCGCCGCCGGAACCCCGCCGAAGCCGAGUCCUCCGCCGAGAAACGCCAGCCGGUCCCGUACCCGCACGUCGACCAGACCCCCGCCUCCGCACGGGACCGCGUCGAGCGGCACAUGCCCGCGCCCGCCGUGACCGGCCUCCUCGCGAAGCGCUUCCAGAUCAUCAACCUCUGGCGGCCCAUCGGGCGGCCCGCGCUCGACUGGCCGCUGGCGCUCUGCGACGCGCGCACGUACGCGGACCGGGACGGGGAGACGUACAGCGUGCAGUACCACGAGAGGUACGCGUGGAAGUACGUGCGCGGCCUGACUCCGGACGAGUUCGUGUUGAUCAAGUGCUUCGACUCGAUCGACGAUAGGUCGGUCGCUGCGUUGACGCCGCACACGGCGUUCGAGGACCCGACGACGCCGAAGGACGCCCCGUUCCGCGAGUCUAUCGAGGUCCGCUUCUUGGUGUUCUACGACUGA